UGUCUCUGUCUUUGAGACUGGAGUUUUGACGUUUAAAAUUCGACUUGUUAGUGCUGUUUGUGGUGGUGAGGUUGGGACUAGGUGAACACUUUUCCUUCUGAGACGUAAGCACACUUAGGUUUCAGUCUCAAGCAGAGAUAAAUUGGCUGCAGGUCUGUCUCACCUGACAGAUGAAGAACUGAAGACAUGGCUCCAACACUGUUUGAGCAUGGUGCAAAGCCUGGGGACCUGAUUGAGAUCUUCCGUGGGACAUAUGAGCACUGGGCCAUCUACAUCGGUGGAGAUGAAGUUAUUCAUUUGAUUCCUCCAAAUGAUGAGUCAAGCCCUUUUGUGUUGGCGUUGUUGGACAGCAACAAAGCACAAGUGAAGCGUCAGAAGAUCUGUGAAGUGGUCCUCUCCAAUCGUUUCAUCAUCAAUAACCUCCUGGAUGACAAGUACGAGCCUCGUGAUCCUUACAUGAUCGUGAAUGAUGCUUGUAAGAUGGUCGGUCGGGAGCUGCCGUACUCUCUCACCAGUUUCAACUGUGAGCACUUUGUCACUCAGCUACGAUACGGCAAACCGGAGUCUCGACAGGUUAAGACAGCAGCUGUGAUCGGAGGUGCAGCUGUAGUAGGUGUAGGCCUCUUAGCUUUGGGCGCCGUUCUGUUCGGCAGCUUGCACAACAAGGACCGCCGCAACGACAGGCACUACUAUGACGACGAUGAUGACGACUAAACCUAAACAUCAUAAGUGACAGCAAUGAGACACAAUGAAAGGAAAUAUCUAGCUAUUGUUUAGGGCAAUCUAUGUGGCUAUGAUUAUGAUUUAAACUAUUCAAAUAAACUACUGCACAUGCGCAAAAUGAAUAAGUUGUCUUUAAAGUUGAAAUAAGUUAUAUAUAAAUGCACGGCUGUUAAAUGUUAUAUUUGAUAAAAGUUUGUUUAAUGUUUGAAAUUAGUAGAAUAUGAAGAAAAAAAUCAAGUGACAAGUGAGGCAAUCUUGUAUUAAGAUUUCAAUCUUGAAGUUGAUUACUGUAUUAAUGUUUGUUUUUUUGUUGUAUACUGCAUUGAUAUUUUAAAAAUUAAAUGGAAACCAUAUAAAGAAAAAUAAA